GUGGUAUGAAACGGUAUCACAAUACUCAUGUAAAAAAUACAAUCAAGUGUUAACUCUGUUAAGUAACAAAGCGCAUACACUCUUGUUUUCGUGCCUUGGAACACAACCGAAGUACUUAACUUUAAUCAUUGAGAUUUUAUGGUUCUUGUACGGGUGUUGAAUGUACGUGGUUCAUUUAACGUAAUUGUUACUUAUUAGAUUAGAACAACUAUGUCGAACCUUAAACGGAUGUCGAACGCUAGUUUUCUGUCAAGGCAGUUAGGGUUUACUCUGACCUAUACCGGUUCCCAGCUCGAGCGCACCGAGCAUGUCUUGGAGAAGGAAAUACGCAGGGAAAGCUGCUUCCCACCGCGGAAGAAUAAACUUGCGAGGCUGCGCCAUGAUGGGGAGUUAAUCCUGCACAGUAAACACAUUCUGAUGCUGAUCGUGGUGUUGAAUUUAGUGGAUUGUUGCCUCGUCCUCGGAGAGCUUAUUCUCGAUAUCCACUAUAUAAAAGGACUGCGCGACAAAACGGAAGAGCGGUCACAAAAGUUCGUUGACACGAUGGUCAAACGUUACCCGGACGAUCUGAGCGGCUUCUCGACGGACAACUUGGACGAUCUCUAUGCGCACCUGUACACGGCCGACUGCAAUUGGCCUCCGCGCGUUGACGUGAUGUAUGUGCCUGGGGAUAACAUCACGUUAAUUAACGGAACAUUUCAGUCUGAUGUUGACGCUGGUAACGCAUCGCGAUUAAGGGCAAGUACACACGUUUGUACUCGUUAUUAUAUAUGUGCCUCUCUCUGAGAAAAUGGGGCUUAAUAAUUAGGCGUAAAGUGACGUCCCAGAUUAGUCUGUGUAGUCCGCACAGGCUAAUCGGGGAAAACACUUUACGCCUUAUUUGAUUUUUUUCGAUAAAAGAAGUGUAUUCUGAAUGAAUAUUCUGUCUAGUUGGUAAGUGUCGUCCCUUACUAGCCUGUGCGGAGUUCAAACGCUAAUCUGGUACGA